AUGGCUAAGAAACGAACAACAAAAGAACAGUUUGAAAUUUAUGUGCGCACUUUGGAAAAUAAUAAAUUAUUCGUGACUGGCAGGUUAAAGCCAGGUAUGAACCCUGAAAUCCUACAAGAACUUUGGACGUCUCUCGUUGAUGAAUUAAAUUCUUGUGGGAGUGGACCUGUAAGAACGGUGGAAGGCUGGAAAAAGGUUUUUACUGAAUGGAAGUCUCUUGUCAAAAAAAGAGCUCGAGAAGGAAAAUUACUCUCUGAAGUGGAAAAAAGAUAUCUGGAAGCUACAGGUGUUGUGGCUGUGUCAGGAAUUACAUCGGUACAAGAACUAGGUGUUGAAGACACCGAAGCACCGAUUAAUGCAGAUGACGAUGUAGUAAUAACUCUGACAGGGCACCAGGAAACCCAUAUUGAAAUGUGUGAUGAUGAUUUUGAGGAUGUUGAUGAUCCAUCCUCUACUCCUAAGGUUCAGGGGAACAUAAAAAGAGCUACCCCAAAGACCACAAAGAGUAAGAAAUAA